GAUAAGGGAGGCCCUUCCCACCACUUCGGUUCUUAACAUCCCCGCGGUCCCCAUCCGAAGCACCUCCAACUCUUUUGCCAACCGCGAUUGGAGAGUCUCGCACCUCUUUCUUCUGUUACCUUCACCUCUACCCCGUUGUUCCUUUCCACCCCAUCUGGGAUCGAACCAUCACAAUACUCGCCCAUCAUGGAUGUCGUCCUUGAGCUCACCGACACCUUCAUCACUGACUAUGUCUUCGCCUGGCUGCUCCCCAAGCGCCCCGCGCCCUAUGACUUUCCGGCCACUGGCGCCAAUGCGACGGCUUCUGCGCAAGCCUUCUCGACAUGGUCAUAUAAGCCGGCAACCAAGUUCAUCGGCUUCGAGCCAUCCCAGCACGCCUACAUGAGUGCCUUGGACCGCGACCACCCUCUGCGCCAGUUCAUCACGCUUUUCCUCAUCACUUGGAUCUUCGGAUUGGCCGUCUACUUCAUCGUUGCCGCCCUAUCGUACCAGUUCAUCUUCGACAAGCGCACCUUCAACCACCCCCGUUUCAUCAAGAACCAGGUCCGUCUCGAGAUGAUCUCGGCCAACAAAGCACUUCCCGUCAUGGCCCUCAUCACUGCUCCGAUCUUCCUUGCUGAGGUCAACGGCUAUGGCAAGCUCUACGACACCACCGAGGAGGGCCCUGGCCUCUGGUACAACUACUUCCAGUUCCCUCUGUUCCUCGUCUUUACCGACUUCUGCAUCUACUGGGCUCAUCGAUGGCUCCACCUCCCCUCAGUCUACAAGUACCUUCACAAGCCUCACCACAAGUGGAUUAUGCCUACUCCCUUCGCAAGCCACGCCUUCCACCCGCUCGACGGAUACGUCCAGUCGCUGCCCUACCACAUCUUCCCCUUCAUCUUCCCUCUCCAGAAGAUGGCCUACGUCGCCCUAUUCAUCUUCGUCAACUUGUGGGCUGUCAUGAUCCACGAUGGCGAGUACAUGACCAACAACCCUUUCAUCAACGGCGCUGCCUGCCACUCUCUCCACCACUCUCGAUUCGAGGUCAAUUACGGCCAGUUCUUCACUGCCUUUGAUCGGUUGGGUGGCACCUAUCGCAUGCCUGAAGCCUGGAUGUUCAAGCGUGAAGAGAACAUGUCGCAAAAGCGUUGGAACAGCGAGGCCAAGAAGUUCGAUGAGCUGGUGAAGGAAGUUGAGGGCGGCGAUGAUCGCACAUACGAUGAGGCCAAGGCGGGAUCAAAGAAGACCCAAUAGAUGAUGAGCGGGUCUCUUCGGCUUGCCGACCCCCGGUCACAAUGCUCAUCCUAGGGUCCUUGAAGGUCCCAGGGAGCCGGAAAAUGGGGCGCGCAUCAGCGGCAUCUCAAAGUUGCCAUGGGGGCGCUGGUCAAAUCCCAGCAUCCCAUGUGCUCCGUCGUCCAGACGCAAAAUUGACAAAACUAAGAGGGAAGAACUCGGCGUUAGAAGCCAUGUUACCCCUGUACAUAUUUUUUGACCUGUACAUAUUGGUCCACACUCACUACUACUAACGGCGUUGGAGGGAGCUGACGAGAUGUGAAUGAUUGCUUGUAUAUUCGAUACUCCAGACAAAAAGAAAUAUCACGGUCCG